UUCAGUAAGUCGGGCACUACUGAGCGGGUCAGAUCUGCGGCUCGUUUUGUCGUAGUGCGAAAUCUUUAACGGUAGAGAUCGGUCAUCGCACGCACUACUCGAUCGGUCAGAAGCCCCAAGGGAGAUAUCUUGGAACAACCAUGAUCUCGCAGCUGGGACGGAUUAGCAUUAUUGGUGCGGUGCUUUUGGCAUAUGUGGCCGUCGUACUUGCCAGUAGCUCAGAAAAAACCGAACUUGACCCCAAUGCCAGCUGCAAUUACACCCUAGUCAAGAAGAAGACUUUGGGGGUGGAUCCCUCAUUUUGGAAGAAGUUCUUCAAGCAUUUGAUACCGUUCACUAGUUCGAGGGGUAAAAUGGAAUUCAUUCUCUUCAAGCGGGAUUUCGCGGACUGCGGAAAAGAAUUGUUCAUUGGCGAUGUGGAAAACCUUAAGAACUCGGGCUUCAAUGCACGUCACCAAACGAGAAUUGUUAUUCACGGCUGGAUGAGUCAGAGCAAGGGUUCUCAUAUAAGAAGAGUUAAAAACGCCUAUCUGAGCCUGACCCAUCCGGGAAUCAAUGGAGAACCCGCUCGGUACGAGGACUUCAAUGUGAUCGUAUGCGACUGGAGCAAGACUUCUACGAAUAUUAACUAUUACGAGGUGGCCAAGACGGUGGAGGAUAUGGGUGCUCUGCUGGCGGAUCUGGUGCGAUAUCUCCAUCAGGAGGCAGAUAUGCAUUACGACGAUGUCUAUGUGAUUGGACACUCGCUGGGAGCUCAAAUAGCUGGAAGUGCUGGCAAACAGAUCAUGCCACAUCGGUUUAACACCAUAUAUGCCCUGGAUCCGGCCGGUCCUCAGUUCCGAGAGAAGAGCGAUGAGUAUCGAAUAGAUGCCAGUGAUGCCUCCUAUGUGGAGUCCAUUCAAACCAGCGUUAGUUUUGGUUUUGAAAAGCCCGUGGGACACGCCACCUUUUAUCCCAACUAUGGAAAAAAUCAAAAGAAAUGCUAUGUAUAUGGCUGUUCGCAUAAGAGAUCCCAUGAUUAUUUCGUUGAGACCCUGACGAGUCCGGCGGGAUUUUGGGGACCCCGCUGUGAGCGUCAUGAUGAUGGCACCUGGGUCCUCCUCAUGAGCGAUGGAGAAUUCCGUAUGGGUGGUGAGCCCUCGAUUCCGAAAAAUGGAACCUUCUAUGUGAAAACAUACUCAAAACCACCUUAUGCCAUGGGUCACAGAUGGCAAACGGAGCCACCUCCACGGGAGGAUGAGGUUGAGAAUUCCACGGAAGAGUAGGAUAAAAUCAAAGAUUUAAUGUACGCAAUACUGUCGAUAUAAUUGAGUGAGAAAAUGUAUUAUAAUUAAAUUACCAUACAUAUGUUUGUUCUUUGCUUUAUUUUUAUUAUGAAAGAAACUAUUUUCUGAUUACGCAUUUUUCAAAUUUCUUUAAAAUUAAGAAAUCAUUUUUAAUUAGAAUAUUUAUUUUUAAAUACUUUAACUUGAAAGUUGUAUUUUCUGAUACUUAGUAAGCUUCACUUAGACAGACACACUUAUCUUAAGUACUCUGCAAAACGUAAACCAAUUUAGUUUUAUUGCAAACCAUUUGUUAAGAAAUAACUACUUCUGAUUGUUUAAGUCUGAUGGAAAUUCCUAUUCGUAAUGUAAACGUUUGAAUGAGUAUAUAAACCUCUUUAGGCCCGAGAAGUUUAACCAUUCUUAAGCCAAAUUUCAAUCGAUAAUGUUCCGAGCUCAAACCUUUUGUUUUUACUUUGUGGUUUUCUUGGUCUUGGUUGCUGCCAGGCCUAAAUUCAGUUCGAAAAGCUCUAAAAAUCAGAUUGAAGUUCGGAGUAAAGGAGAUUAUACUGAAAAACGUGUUACUUCUCCAUCAUGGUUUUACACAAAAGAAUCUAGCCAAGCAUCUAUCGAUAAGACUUCUGAGGUUACCACUGAAGAAUCCACCUCUGAAAAACCAAAUAAAGAAGGGAACUCGGAGUCCAAUAAGGAGGAGGAGAUCAAUGAGGAGUCCAGGAAGGAGCCCUAUGGAGAGUCCAACGAGGAGUUCAGUUGGGAGUCAAAUGAGAAGUCCGAUGGGGAGACUGAUGUUUUGUUUGUGGCAUAUACUGCAUAUGCUCAUAGGCCUACCCGUAAGCAGUCACAUGAGGAUAUUGACUAUUAUAACGAUAACUAAUGCUCUGAGACGCAUUAGCCUUUUACUUUCAGUCAAAACGUAAUAAAAUCAUAUGUUAAAAACAGAUAAAAAUUGAAA